AUGGCUUCGGAACAAUUGCGCAUCCUCAUUGUCGGCAAUGGUGGCCGUGAACAUGCUCUGGCUUGGAAGCUGAGCGAAUCACCCCUUGUCGACAUCAUCUACGUCGCUCCCGGAAACGGCGGCACUGGUCUUGGUGUCUCCAGCAAGAUCGCCAAUGCCAACGUCAAGGGCGAUGACUACCCCGGCCUUGUGGCCUUUGCGCAUAAGAACCAAGUCAACCUGGUCGUCCCGGGCCCCGAGGCUCCUCUGGUUGACGGUAUUCAGGGUUACUUCCAGGCUGUCGGCAUCCGAUGCUUCGGUCCCUCCAAGGCUGCUGCCCGCAUGGAGGGCUCGAAGACCUUCUCCAAGGACUUCAUGCACCGUCACCAGAUCCCCACCGCUGAGUUUGGAAAUUUCUCCGACUACGAAUCCGCCGCCAAGUACCUCGACUCUGUCAACCACAACGUUGUGAUUAAGGCCGAUGGUCUGGCCGGUGGAAAGGGUGUCAUAAUCCCCACCACCAAGGAGGAGGCGCACCAGGCCCUGCGCGAGAUGAUGCUUGAGCACCAGUUCGGCAAGGCUGGUGACGAGGUUGUCAUCGAGGAGUUCAUGGAGGGUGAUGAGCUGAGCGUGCUUACCUUCAGUGAUGGCUACACCAUUCGCUCUCUGCCCCCGGCGCAGGACCACAAGCGCAUCUUCGACGGUGACCAGGGCCCCAACACUGGUGGUAUGGGCUGCUAUGCGCCUACUCGCAUUGCGCCUAAGGAGGUCCGCGAGGAGAUUGAUCGUACUAUCAUCCAGCCUUCCAUUGAUGGCAUGCGCCGGGAUGGUAUGCCAUUUGUCGGUAUCCUCUUCACCGGUCUCAUGAUGACCAAGAACGGACCUAAGGUCCUCGAGUACAACGUCCGCGGUGGUGACCCCGAGACCCAGACUCUCCUGCCGCUGCUGAGCAAGGACACCGAUCUGGCUCAGAUCAUGGUCGCCUGUACCGAGCACUGGCUAGACGGCGUCUCCGUCAAGGUCGAGGACAACUACUCUACCACCGUCGUCGCCGUUGCUGGCGGCUACCCUGGCUCCUACGCCAAGGGCAAGGCCAUUACUCUGGACCCUGCUCCUGCUGGCACUCUCAUUUUCCACGCCGGUACCACCCUGUCCGGUAAUGAGCUUCAGACCUCCGGUGGCCGUGUGAUUGCUGCCACUGCCACCGCUCCUACUCUCGAGGAGGCUGUUUCCAAAAGCUACGAGGGCGUUGCCACCAUCCACUUCGAGGGCAUGUUCUACCGCAAAGACAUUGCUCACCGUGCAUUCCGUCAAACCGCCGACACCUCCCUCACCUACGCCCAAGCCGGUGUCUCCAUUGAUGCCGGUAAUGAGCUAGUCAACCGCAUCAAGAGCUCCGUCGCCCGCACCAAGCGUCCCGGCACUGACGCCGUCAUCGGUGGUUUUGGUGGCCUCUUCUCUCUUCCCGCUGCCAACUCUGAAUACCACCCUCACUCGCCGACUCUCAUUGGCGCCAUUGAUGGCGUCGGCACCAAGCUGAAGAUUGCCCACGCUGUUGGCAUCCACGACACCGUCGGUGUUGAUCUCGUCGCCAUGAACGUCAACGACCUCGUCGUCCAGGGUGCUGAGCCCCUCUUCUUCCUGGACUGCUACUCCUGUGGCCACCUGGACGUCCCUACUGCCACUGCCUUCGUGACUGGUGUCGCUGAGGGCUGCGUUCAAGCCGGCUGCGCCUUGAUCGGUGGUGAAACCGCCGAGAUGCCCGGUCUCUUCGUGGACAACAGCUACGACGCUGUCGGUGCCGCCGUCGGUGCCAUCAACACCACUGGCGACCACGCACGCAAGAUCCUGCCUCACACCGAUAACAUGCGUGCCGGUGACGUUCUUCUUGCCCUUGGCUCUUCGGGCCCCCAUUCGAAUGGAUAUUCUCUCGUCCGCAAGAUCGUCGAGCGUGCUGGUCUGAGCUACACCGACCCUGCUCCCUUCUCUAUGCCCGGCCAAUCCUCCAACCUCUCCGUCGGCGCCGCCCUCCUCACCCCUACCCGCAUCUACGUCAAGCCUAUCCUUCACGCCCUCUCUUCCCACCCCACCGCUAUCAAGGGUCUCGCUCACAUCACCGGUGGCGGUCUCGUUGAGAACGUCCCCCGUAUGCUUCCCGCUACUCUGACUGCCCAGAUUGACGUUAGCACCUGGGCCCAGCCCUCUGUCUUCUCCUGGCUUCAACGUGCGGGUAACGUCUCUGCUGCGGAGAUGGCCCGUGCUUUCAACUGCGGUAUUGGUAUGAUCAUCGCCGUUGAUGCUGCCUCUGAGACUGCUGUCCGCCAGAGCUUUGAGGAGAAGGGUGAGACUGUCUACCGCAUUGGUGAGCUUCGGGCUCGUGCUGAGGGUGAAGAGGGCUGUGUCCUCUCCGGAUUGGAGUCUUGGAGCGCAUAG